AUGGCAUACAAAACACUGAUUGGCAUGUCCCCUUAUCGGUUAGUUUAUGGUAAGCCUUGUCAUCUCCCGGUUAAACUCGAACAUAAGGCAUUUUGGGUAGUCAAGCAAUGCAACAUGAACUUAGGUGCAGCGGGUGAUCAAAGAAAGGUUCAACUCAAUGAACUUGAGGAAAUUCGAAAUGACGCCUAUGAAAGUUCAAGAAUUUACAAGGAAAAAACGAAGGCGUAUCAUGAUAAAAUGAUUUCAAGAAAGGCUUUUGUUGUUGGACAAAAAGUUAUUCUUUUCCACUCGUGCCUCAAGUUAUUUCCAGGUAAAUUACAUUCUCGAUGGAUUGGCCCUUUUGUUGUUGCUAAUGUCUUUCCUCAUGGUGCAGUAGAAAUCAAAAGCCUUCAGACCGAGAAAGAGUUUAAGCUCUGCUAUCUCUUCCCUUACAUUGAGCCAGAAUACCUGUCAAAACCCAAAGAUUCGAUAGAAGGGUGCUCAGCAGCUACCUACUUCUUGGCCAAUUUGAUGGAUGCUCCAUUGCCUCCUCCUAUAUGA